AUGGAGGUGGACCUGUCGUAUCUACAAGGUCAAGAUCUGAUUGCCACCCUAAUAAGACCGAAGCAGAAGGCGCAAACUCGCGCUGAGCGAGCCUUGGCCGUUCCUCGUGCGUUGGGCGAGAAGUGCACAAUCCAACAGAAGUUGGAAGCGACCUCGGGGUCGCAUUAUGUUAGGAAGAAGAAGGAGAGGAAGGAGAAGGGGAAGAAGAAGACAGUGCCGAGGAAGCGUAAGGCAGCAGAAGAAGAGGAAGAGGAAGAGGAAGAGGAAGAGGAUGAAGAUGAAGAUGAGGAUGAGAUGGAUGUUGAUGAGGAGAAUUGUGAGAUGAUGGAAGAGGAGAAGGAGAACGUGCCUCCGGUCGAGCAGCGAUCGAAACGUGCUCGGACCAGGGUAUCGUAUAAAGAGGAGGAAUAG